AACAAAAACCAAGCACAAGCUGGCGAGGGAAGGGAAGGAAGGGGGAGGGCGAAAGUAGGAAGGGAAGAGGACAAGUGGAGAGGAGUUUCGGUGGCAGUGGAAAGUGGCAGUUCUGACCACAUUCCCUACACCACCACCAUCCUCAACCUCAAUCCCCAUCCAUUCCAUUCCAUCCUGCACGAGUUCUCCACUGGAGUGGAGAUCCGUACUAUACUUUUUUUUAUUAUUACCACCUGCCCGCAAAACCAAAUCCCCGCACCUUCCUCUUUCCCCUUCUUUCUCCUCCCAAAACCGCUCUCUUUCUUCUCCCAAUUGCCCACCUACCGGAAGAGAGGAAGAGAGAGAGAGAGAGAUGGGUUCUUGCGGAUUGAGGAGGGUCAGAUGAUGCCAUUACCAAUUUAACAUCUUCUGCAUCUUUUUUUUGCCUUUCUUGGCAUAUUCUUCUCUUCUGGAUGUGUAGAUCCUUCUUUCCCCAGUCCUGCUUAGCUUUCAAGCAGACCAACAGGUCCGAGAUUGGUGACCUGGGAGCGGUUUCUUGAGGUGUGGUGCCGUUCUGGGUAAGAUCGACUCUGUUGCCCUGCAAGAAUUCGAUGCAGGAGUAAGGGCGGCGGCAGUAUGUAAUUUGGUGGGCGGUUGUUGGAGAAGAGGAGCAAUUUUGCCCAUCGGUUUCUUGGGUGCAAAUUGAGGGCAAAUUUCGGUGAAUUUCGUCGGAAAUUGAGGAAGCCCGUUUGGCAAUCGGUCCUGUCCAUGUCCCAUGCCUAGAAGCUGGGGCAUUUUGGGUGUGAAUUGUGACGAAUUCCAGCCAAUUUGGGUUGGGCCAGGAAAGUACCCUUUGGGGGUUUCAGUUUGUGGUGUGAUCUGCAAUCUUUCCAAGAUUGGUGGGGAGUUCUUUGUGUGUGCUGGUGGCAAAUGGGUUGCACACACUCCAAGGUGGAGGAUGAGGAGGCCGUCAGGAGGUGCAAGGAUAGGAGGAAGCUGAUGAAGCAGCUAAUGCGGCGCCGAGUUGAGCUUGCGGCUGCACAAACCGCCUACCUGCAGUCACUCCGAAACACAGGAGCCACACUUCGACAAUUCGCCGAGGUGGAGUCUGCAUUGUCACAGCAGCCCCCUGCAGGUAUUGCAGUGCAUCCAUCACCACCACCACCUCCACCUCCACCUCCACCGCCACCACCGGUGCCAGUACCUCCUGCAUACUCAGUGACAUCCUCAGUGCCACCGUACUCGAUGACAUCCUCAUUGCCACCCUCACCACGCCCUCCACCACCGCUACCGUUUAGUCCAAUAGUGAUAAGGAGGAAAAAGAGAGACGGUGAACUUGAUGAGGAUGAUUCUACAGACGACGACGACGACACUGACAGCUGCUCGACUCCUCUACCACCUCCCCCGCCACCAGGGGUUGAGUGGGAGUACUUGGAACCUUUUGCAAUGCGUCCCUUAAAUUUUCCAUCUUCAUUGGCUGAUAGGAUUGAUAAAGAAGCGGCCUCACAGGUGACCAUGGAUGAUGAUAACUGGGUGGAGACUAACACAGAAUUUGAUGGAUAUGACGAUGAAAGUGUGUCUGGUAAUGUUGAAGGCAUUGUGAGCAGUGUCCAGUUGAAUCAAGCCAAGAGUAGGGCUCUAGGUGAUGACAAUUCAUCAAUGGUUAGCUGGGUGACAAAGGACUCAGACACUUCAGCGAUGGCCUGGAGGAGUAAGAAGUCGCUGGCAGGAAUUGCCAAGGAGAUUGAUGAAUACUUCUUGAAAGCAGCGGCGAGUGGGAGUGACAUCGUCAUACUUUUGGACUCUUCUGGUGGGCAGCCAGAUCCCUCAGAGUUAGAGGCAAACAGAGGUGCAGGAAAAAAUUCCAAAUCCGCCAAGGUUUUUUCCACAAUUUCUUGGAGCUGGUCAUUCAAAUCUGCGCAAGCUAAUAGACAAUCCUCAAUGCAUUCAAGUGAUGCCUCUGGAUAUGGUUACCAUGGCAAAACACUAGAGAAACUUUAUGAAGAGGAGCAAAAACUCUACAAGUUAGUCAAGGAUGAAGAAUUUGCAAGGCUCCAGUACAGAAAGAACACCUCGUUGCUACAAAGACUAGAAUCAGGUGACCAUGAUAAAUUGCAUGCAGAGAAAGUGCGAGAUAAUAUAGAGGAAUUGCAAGCUCGGAUAAUCUCUUUGGAGGAAGCUGUUGGUUUGACAUGUUUGUCCAUAUCAAAGCUCAGAGAUGAGGAGUUAUAUCCUCAGAUUAUUGAAUUAUCUGCAGGGCUUGUGCAUAUGUGGAGAAACAUGUAUGAGUGCCAUCAGGUUCAGAACCACAUUGCCCAGCAAGCCAAUCUUCUAGGCAAUUUACCAGGGAAUGAACCAACAACUGACACUCAUUGUCAGGCAACAUCUCAGCUGGAAGUUGAAGUUUCUGCAUGGCAUAGUUCAUUCUGCAAUCUCAUCACCUUACAGCGUGACUACGUAACCAUCCUUAACCAGUGGAUUAAACUCACUGAUUGCCUGCCUGAUAACGAUGGCUUUAUGAAAAGUUCGUCAGGAAUUCGUAGUCUCUGUGCAGAACUCCAGCGAGCUCUUACAGGAUUACCUGAGAAGGUAGCUGCAGAAGCAAUAAAGACUUUUCUGUCAGUUAUACACACUAUAGUUGUACAGCAGACUGAGGAGCGUCAACUGAAGAAAAAGUCCGACCAAAUCGAGAGCAAGUUCCAUACCCAGUUAGAGAAACACAGCAACAAUGCAACCCAAAAUUCGGGCCAGCCUACACUUGCAAAGCUGGACACGUUCAAAAAGCAGGUUGAAGAGGAGAAGGCUAGGUAUCUGAACUCCGUGAGGACUAGUCGAGCCAUGACACUGAACAAUCUUCAGACGAGCCUUCCAAAUGUGUUCCAUGCUCUGAUGGGGUUUUCCGGAGUAUGCGUGCAGGCGUUCGAAGGUAUCAGUAGAUGCAGUGAGAUUGUCGCCAGCCACUCGGGAGCAGUUUCACCUGCCAUUUCUUCGUGACUGCAUCCGGCAUGGUUCGUUGUGAUUGUUCAUUGUAAGUAGGCAAAGAAACUGGUUCUACGUGAAUACACUUCUCUUCCAAAACUUAAAAAGGGAAAGAAUUUAGCGACGAUUUUAAGUCAGUACAGGCAUAGUAGUCUUUUGAAUAGAUCAACAUAGUCUCGAUUUGGGAAGAGGUGGAUGUCUAUGAGGUUACUGGGAAAUGAUUCAUGUGUAACUAGAUACUUGAACAGUUGAACAGUAGUCUGUUGCUGCAUGUUCUCAACUUCUCAAUUCUCAUUAUAUGAUGCUAUUUUCUAUUUCUCAACAAUACAGUUCCAAUAUCAGAGUACUGAAUGUCAAGUCUCACAUGACAGAUGCUUUUAUUCA